UCAGAAAAACGUGUAAAAUUUUGGGACCCUAUUUACAACUUGGUGAAGACAUUAUUCAGUUUUCCACGAGCGGUAGAAAAUAGGAAAGAACAACGUUAAAGAUAAAGAGUUUUCUUGCUUUCUUUAGCUAUUCCGCUUACCGUGCAUCGCACGUGCUAUUAGAAUCAACCGUAGCGUAGUUCACCCUAUGGUCAAUUCGAGGACAACAUUUGAAUUGUUUAUCGCUCAAAGCUAGAAAAUGACAAUAAAAAAAACCCACAAAAGAAAAUUGUUUCAAAGUUAGAAUCGGAAAACAGAAUUGUUUCAAAGUUUGGUUUGAGUGAAAUUUGUUUAAUAAAAUUAAUCUAGCAAUAGAAUUCAUUCCUCAGCUCGUAGUCGGCAGCGAGGAUGAAAAAUUUGCUUUAGUUUUUGAGUCAUCAGAUAUAAUUGGCGCCGUUAAACAUUAGAUUGUAUUUGUGCCGUGUCAAAUAAAUGUUAUGUGAAUAGAAUUCAUUCCGGACUAUGUUUUUUCCGCAAGUACGGGGGUUUAUGCAUUACAAGUCUCUGGCAAAGGUCUGAAAAUUAACAUAGCCUUUGUAAUCAGGCUUCCGGAUCAGGCCACGAAAUUUCGAAACCACAAAAUGAAAAUGACACAACAGCAAUUUCAUUGUUUUUGUUAUGUUAAAUGUCUUAGAAAUGCAUGACACGUCAAGAGCUGGUGCUUUCUCUACAGAAAAAAAAUCAACAAUUGGUUCAAUAUGGCUGAGAGCUUUUGUAGAAACUGGAAAGAUAAAAAAUUUCUACAAGUUAGAAAAGAUUUGAAAAAUAACAAAUACACAGAAUUCAACUCAAUCAGCACCACCGACUGGAACCAUUAUACACAGAAAUUAAAACAAAUUCAGUUUCAAUUCAACAAGUUCUCAGGGGAACAGGAAUAUCCAAAAAAUCGACAGCGUCAGGAAGGGCCAUAAACUACUAUCAAAAAUUUAUCCAAAAUUAACAUAAAAAAACUUUAAAACGUCUCUAAAAGGUAGUAAAGAAGCAUACAAAAGUUUAUGCAGAAAAACUUUCCUAAAAUCCGGCAGAAGUCGAAAAGAAAAAAAAAUUGAACAUAUUGAAUAUUAUGCAAGGCCGUACCCCGCGAAAACACACAAGUUUGGACGAGUUGAAGAAGUCUGUCCAGUUUGCUGGAAGGGAAUUUCUCAAAAUGACAUUCGGGGCUAAAGGAGGACAUAUUGAAUGAGUUGUUGUUUGUUAUUCAAAUUGUUUUUACUAAAUAAAUCAUUUUUAUUUCCAACUUACUUGCCAAAAAUAUGGUUACUGGUCCUCUGUUUCUUGUUGCAAUAAUUAUGGCGCACUCUGUAACUCAAAGUGACACGUUAAGAAAAAGAAAAAAAAUUGAAACCGCAUCAAAGGCAAAAAAAAUCGAAAAUAAAAAGAAUUAUACAUUUUUCUCGAACCUUUUUAAACAAAAAAAAAAAAGUUCUAAGUUCAGUCCAAAAUAAGGAAAUUACUUCUCAAAAUGAUUCCAAAUUUGGUUCUAAUAAAUGAAGUCUAACGAGAGGAAGAGUCCAAAAGAAAAAUGAUUCAAAUUCAGCAUAAUGGUUGGAGGCUGCAUCUAAACAAAAGAAAAGUUCAAAGCAGAAAUUGAAUCCAAAUUCAGCUCAAAGUGGUUUUAUAGAUAAAUAAGACUUAUGACGAAACUCAAUCCAAAUUUAGCAGUGAGCUUAGUUGAAAGUGCAUGAAAAAGGUAAAACAAAGUUUAUGAAAAAUGAUUCCAAAUUAUCCUGUAAAAACUUAAAACUCAGAGAACAGAAAUUUGAAAAUCGUGUGUAAAAAUUUGAAUUAAAAUGCGUUCUGUUGUACUGCAUAAAUAUUGCUGUAUCGAUAUUUUAUCGAUAUCAGCGCUUGGUUUGUCAGUGACGCGAGCAUUACAUAGCGGGAGCAUUACUACUUACUGUUGAGUGACGGUUGCAAGUUUUUACACCACAUCUUUUGAAAAUAAGAUGAAAGUCUGUUCUUUGUGCUUAAAAAUACCUCUGCUAAGAAUAAAAUAAGAAAAAUCUUACUUUACCUGAAAUUCUUGAAAUGUUCUCAACAUGUCUGAAAAAUUUUUCAAAAAAAAAACGAGACCACAAAUAAAAUGAUUUCAAAUUAAUCUCAAAUAAGGGGAAUGGGGGUAAGUGGGACAGGGUGAGUGAGACGUUGUUUUAACGCUUAGUGAUUUUUUUGGCAAAAUUGCCCCGGCCACCUUUCCACCAAGUUAGUUGAUGAUUUUCAAACCACCCUUCCAAUGUUCAUGACAGUCAAAUGGGCAAAUAAUUAAUAAGCUUUAAAAAUGGGCUACGAGUUCGCGUGCGGAUGUAAUUUUUGCAUGUCAGAAAAUAAGAUUUUUUUUCCAGAAUUUCCUACGUUUUUUCGGUGUUGGGCCAUUUUCCGGUAAUUUAAAACAUGGCUGACCUAUACGUGAAGAGAUGCAGUUUCACUUAUUCACCAACGAUGGCCUGUACAGACGUUCCGACUGUGCUGAUGCAGUACACUAAGUGCCUGAAUUUUGCAGCAGUUAAGCACCGCAACCAACGCCGCCUGGACUCCGAUAAGACGCCCUACAUAAACCAUCCGAUCGGUGUCGCCUACAUUCUCACCGCCGAAGGUGGUGUCACGGAUUUCGAAGUCCUGCAAGCAGCCAUCUUACACGAUACCGUGGAGGAUACGGAUACCAGCUUCGAAGAAAUUGAGCAGCACUUUGGUCUGCGGGUACGUCAACUGGUGCAGGAAGUUACUGACGAUAAGUCGCUACCGAAGCUGGAAAGAAAGCGGUUGCAGAUUGAACAUGCAGCCGGGAGUAGCCCGCAGGCGCGGCUGGUGAAACUAGCCGAUAAGAUUUACAAUUUACGAGACCUGCAAAGGUGUAGACCUGAGGGAUGGACCGAGAAACGCUGCCGGCAGUACUUUGUUUGGGCCAAAAAGGUAUGUGAUAAUCUCAAAGGAACCAACGCAAAGCUGGAGUCCAUUCUGGAUGGCAUUUUCGCUCAAGAAAAUGUUGUGUGA